CUACUAGAACAUGGAUCUCCUAACCCCUGCCCUUGGGUCUCUGCAAACCGACCAGCAAAAGCCAAAGGUCGGUCUCCCGCUAGCAAGAAGGCUCUAUCCAUUUAGGGGGUGCAUUUAAACUAUAAGAUUAUAGGAUGGAAGGGGGAGGCAAAAGACCACAUUUACAGGCAGGUGGAAGCUUUGCUGUGGUCUAUAAGACACAUUGUUGGAUCCUUCUUUCUCAUGCAAUAAAGGAAAAAAACAAAACACGGAUGCUAGCGGCAAGGAGGUACCCUAGGGGCUCUGAGAGCCCCUCUGCCUCGUGCUCUGGCCCUCUUCUCCAUAGCAACUAGUCUCUGCCCAUGCAGCUUGGCCUCCAGGACCCAAGACUGGUCCACCCAGCUCGGAAACUGCAACCUGCUCUCGGGCUGUGCUGCCGCGGGGUAGAGUGUGGCUUGGCCGGGUUCCUCCGUGGGUCUCAUACACAUUCUUGUCACCACCGGGCGGCGAGCUGGCAGCAGGAGGAAGCUGUGGCCACAGGAGGACAGACUGGCUGAAUUCCCCGCCCCUCCCACCCGAGACAUUGCGGUGGUAGCAGCAGCAGCACCAGUGGAGGCGGCAGCAGCAUCUGCAGAGCAUUCAGCCAGCUGGGCGGGACUUGGAGCUAGGAAGGAGGGGGAGGUGUGUUUGAGGAGAAGGGACCAGAGGGAGGGGUGGGCAGAGCUGGAGGGCGUGGUUCUGGGGCCGGGCUAGCUGAAGAAGAGGCGUCCCCGAGACUGCUUGCAGACUGGGGCGAGAGUGCUUUGGUUGAAUAGGACACUCACACAGCGGCUGCGGCGGCAGCAGCAGCAGCAGCAGCAGCAGCAGCAGCAACAGCAGCAGCAGCAGCAGCAUCCUCUCCUCACUCCGCCUCGCCUCGCUUUCCCCUCUUCUGUUUCUCCUGUCCCUCUUCACCUGACCGUCUCCCUUCCCAGGACCUGAGCUGCCCAGUCCACGGCAGUGGCUGUGGCGGCAGGGCCCAGGAUCUGCGCCCAGAUUUUAUUAAUCUGAUCCAAGGUCUCCUGUGACUUCCAACUGAAACAGAGAAGUCUCAGCAUCCUUAGAAGUUUAGCCAAAGUAUUUUCUCCUAUGUGAAGCUUUUCCAGCCACUAGUUCCUCAUUAAAGGUUCUACAGCCUGUUGUCAUUAUCACAGGAAACAUUGAUUGGAAACCACUCAUUCAGAAAAUUAAAAGAAACCAAAAUCAUCUUAUUGAUCCUUUAAGAGGAGAACAUAACAUCCUUGCUUCUUUGCCAUCAGCUUAACUUGGAGAGUUCACAAGGGAGAGAAGAAUGGCGGAUGACCGGAAGGAUGAAGCUAAAGCACCUCACUGGACAUCAAGUCAACUGGCAGAGGCAUCCUCUCACCCACAUUCACCUGAGCUUAAGGAACAAGGAGGAGCAGGGGAUGGAAUAGUCCGAAGUGCCAAUGGAUUUCCAUACAGAGAGGAAGAAGAAGGUGGCUAUGGAGAUCAUGGGCAACAGGGAACCUAUUCAACAACCAAAGAGAAUGGGAUAAAUGGAGAGCUCAUGACUGCUGAAAGGGAAACAGCAGAGGAAGUAUCUGCAAGGAUAGUCCAAGUAGUAACUGCGGAAGCUGUUGCAGUCCUGAAAGGUGAACAAGAGAAAGAAGCCCAGCCUAAAGACCAACCUACAGGACUCCCUAUAGCAGUUGAAGAGUCUGCUAAUCUGCCUCCCUCUCCACCUCCAUCACCAGCCUCUGAACAGACUGGAACAUUGGAGGAAGAAGAAGAAACUGUAAAGGGUCCAGUGCCUGAGGAAGUGAAGCAUGCUGUUCUUCCUGAAAAAGAAUGGGGCAAAGAGUGUGGACUUCCUAAGUCCCCAGACCAACCAAAAGACCUCAGUGAGGUCCAAAUGGAGUCUAGUUCGAAAGCCAAAAUAAUUCCUGAAGAAAGUGUUUCCACUGGGGGACCACUUGAGAAAACUAUAAAAGUGGUCCAGGAAGUGUCUCUGGAUAUAAAAACACCUUUCUCUGCUGGGGAAGAUUUAUUUACAGCCUCGAAGAUGGAGUUCCAUGAACAACAGGGCACUGCUCCUCUCACAGCUGAACCAUUAGACAAGAAGGAAAAAGAACCUGGAAAGGAAAGUAAGCCUGCCGAACUGCCUAAACAUGAUGCCUUAGUUGCCCAGCCAGCGCAACCCGAGACUGUAGAUACAAAAGACAUACAUGGCAAAGAAGAUGGAAAGGCACCUCUUACCCUAUUUGAACAGACUUUAGGGGAAGAGGUAGAAUACAUGCAACAGAAAAGUGAGCCAAGCUCUGCAGCACUUGAUGUGAGCUUUCCUGUAGAGACUGUAUUUCAGAAAGAGCAAAAAGACUUGUCCAUUGAAGUCCCCAAGGAUGAGUGGAGUACAUAUAGUCAGUUAUCUCCUGGCCCUCUCACACCCAUGAAAGAAAACUAUGACAUUCAAGGAAUCCCAAAAUGGGAUGGGAAAAAACUAGAUUCUCCAAAGCCAACUCCCUUUGGAAGUGUGAGCUUUCCUUUACCUUCUGAACCCAAGAUUGAUUUGUCAGAUGCCACUAAAGAUAAAUUUGUUUCCGAAGCACUAUCCUUAGCACCAGAGACACUGAAGCCAGAAGAUAAAAAGGCUAAGGAAGAGCCUAGUGGUCCACAGAUUACCAAAGAGAUUCCAAAGGAAGAACAAAAACAUGUGGAAAAAACUUCAAAGGCAGAGGAAACAGCCUCAAUGGAAAUUACACCAUCUAUAGAAACUGACAAAGCAACUGUAGAAAGUCCUGUUCAGAAAAUUUCCAGUGUUGGGCAAGAAAAAGACAUAAUAAAGCAGGAAAGUGAGCAGAAAAAGGAGCCUAGCACAUUUGAUGGACAAAAGUCUACUUUAUUUGAUAGUGAAUUUCAUCCAAAACCAGAAGAGAAAAACAUUAUUCCUGAAAAGAAAAUUACGUCAAAAGAAGGUGAAACACAGAAGAUAUUAGAUGAAGAGAUGGGCAUAAUCAGUGUCUCAACAGAGAAAACAUUCCAAAAGGAAGAAAAGAAAGACCAAAAAACUCCCGUUGAUGAUUCAUUCCCUGAAAGCUUAGAGCAAACUCUCUCAGUUGCAGCCACAACUUCAAAAAUGCUGGACAAGGCCUCUGAUGAACUUCGUCUCCUCAGCGAAAAGAGUGCAAUGAAGGAAAUCUUUCAAGAGGAAAUUGUGGACAAAGAUCUUGAGGCCCAUGGGACGGGAGUUGCAGCUUCUCUUGACUUUGAUAGGCACCUGGAUGAAGACAAAUCUGGAAUGUCAAAGUACUUUGAAACCUCUACGUUGAAAGAAGAAACCACAAAAAGUAUCCAGUCUGGCAGUGAUUACUAUGAAUUGAGUGAUACAAAAGAAAGCUAUGAAUCCUAUGAUACAAUUUCACCUAUACAUAAAGGUUCUGAAAAGGAAUUUUACCCAGGAAAGGAGCAACAAUCCACUCCCAUGUUAGAAGGCGGAUACAGUACCCUUGCACAGAGCUAUCCAGCUGACCUGCCUGAGGAACCUAGCUCUCCCCAAGAGAGGAUGUUCACCAUUGAUCCAAAAGUUUACGGAGAAAAAAGAGAUCUCCACAGCAAAAAUAAGGAUGAUUUGACACUAAGCCGGAGUUUAGGACUUGGUGGGAGAUCUGCCAUAGAACAAAGAAGCAUGUCAAUCAAUUUGCCCAUGUCUUGCCUGGAUUCCAUUGCACUGGGGUUUAACUUUGGCCGAGGACAUGAUCUCUCUCCACUGGCUUCUGAUAUUCUAACUAAUACUAGUGGGAGCAUGGAUGAAGGGGACGAUUACCUUCCAGCCACAACUCCUGCCCUUGAGAAAGCUCCUUGUUUUCCAAUAGAAAGCAAAGAAGAAGAAGAACAAUUGGAGGAAGAGAAAGUGACCAGAGCAGAAAAUAUCCAGGUAGAAUCGUUGUGUGAGUCGCCUUUCUUGGCCAAAGAUUAUUAUAAAAAUGGGUCUGUGAUGGCCCCUGACUUGCCUGAAAUGCUGGAUCUAGCAGGCACAAGGUCCAGGCUAGCCUCCGUAAGUGCAGAUGCUGAGGUGGCAAGAAGGAAAUCAGUACCGUCAGAGACAGUAGUUGAAGAGAGCAGUACUGGCUUGCCUGCUGUCACUGAUGAAAAUCAUGUUUCUCCAAAAGCAGACAGUCAACUUGAGGAUCUAGGUUACUGUGUUUUCAAUAAAUAUACAGUUCCUCUACCAUCACCCGUCCAAGACAGUGAGAAUUUGUCAGGUGAAAGUGGCCCUUUCUAUGACAGUUCUGAUGACAAGAUCAGAAGAGAUUUGGCUGCAGAUCUAUCUUUGAUUGAAGUGAAAUUGGCAGCAGCUGGACGAGUUAAAGAAGACUUUAGUAGUGAGGGAGAACUAUCCCAGGCCAUCUCUAGUGAUAAGUCAGUUCUUGGUAGAGAAUUUGAUCAUGAAAGAAAGAGUAAUGAUAAGUUGGAUACUGUGUUAGAAAAGAGUGAAGAACAUAUUGAAUCCAAAGAAAUACUGCUUCUGGAAGAAAAAGAACAACCCAUAAAAGUACCAGAGGGAGUGGAUAAAGUUGAAGCAUUUGGAACAGGAAUGACCUUUGAACAAGUAUUUGGGAAAGAGCCCAUCAAACCCAAAGAUGCCUCUAUUUUCAUAAGUGAAAAGGCAGAAAAGAGUCUUAGUUCAGUGCCAGAGGUGGCUGAGGCAGAACCAUCACCAAAAGCAGAUCAUGCAUUGGAUGAUGGUGCCAAGAAAGUUGAGCAGAGUGAACCCGAUGCAAAGAUCAGUGACUUUGGGCAGGCUGCUUCAGGACUGAGAGUAGAUACCGAGAAAGGAACAGAACCUUGUACACAGGCUGCUCAAGAGGACAAGACCCACUUAGCCAAACCCCCUGAGGCAGCUGCAUUUCCAAGUACUGAGCCCAGCCACCUGAAAGAGAGUAUCAAGGUUUCUGAGACAGAGGUCAAAGAAAAAGUGGCCAAGCCUGACCUGGUACACCAGGAAGCAGUAGAUAAAGAGGAAUCCUAUGAGUCAAGUGGAGAACAUGACCACACUCCUGAGAGUCUGACUAUGGAGUCCUUGAAACCUGAUGAGGGCAAGAAAGAAGUGACUCCAGAGGUAACUGUUUUGCAGGAAGAUAUCACAAUCAAAUUGCCAACAGAAGAACCUCCAGCAAUAAGUGAUUCAAAGAGUUAUGAAGAGCAGCCUGAAGGAACUGAAAUCCAGAUGGAACCUGAUCAGCAGCCAAAAGAAGAAGUCAAGGAAACUCCAGACAUCUCCAUCACUCCCUCAGAAGUCAUCGAACCAUUGCUGCAAGGGAUUGUAUCUGAACCAGACAAGGUUCCAAAGGUAGAAGAAGAAGAAGAAGUAGAAGAAGAAGAAGAAGAAAUAGAAGCUCGGGGAGAAUAUGAUAAACUACUUUUCCGCUCAGAAACUCUCCAAAUAACAGACUUGAGUGUUCCAGCUGUCAAAGAGGAAUUGGUAGAGUUGAGUGCAGCUGAAAUGCCUGAAUACAAGGGAGUAAUUGAGUCAGUGGUGACCAUCGAGGAUGAUUUCAUCACCGUAGUGCAAACCACAACAGAUGAAGGGGAAACCGGUUCCCACAGUGUACGUUUUGCUGCCCUAGAGCAGUCAGAGGUGGAAAGGAGGUCGUCUCCUCCUGAAGAAGAACCACAGGUAGAAGAAUCUGCAGAAGCCCUUGAAGAACCCAAAGAGGGCUCCCCUGAGGCCCCUGCUUCCCCAGAAAAGGAAGAAGUUGGCUUUUCUGAAUACAAGACAGAAACAUAUGAUGACUACAAAGAUGAAACAACCAUUGAUGACUCCAUCAUGGAUGCUGACAGCCUCUGGGUGGAUACUCAAGAUGAUGAUAGAAGCAUCAUGACAGAGCAGUUAGAGACUGUUCCUAAAGAAGAGAAAGCAGAGAAGGAAGUUCGGAGACCGUCUCUCGAUAAACAUAGGAAAGAAAAACCUUUUAAAACUGGGAGAGGCAGAAUUUCCACUCCUGAAAGAAAAAUAGCUAAAAAGGAACCUAGCACAGUCUCCAGAGAUGAAGUGAGAAGGAAAAAAGCAGUUUAUAAGAAGGCUGAACUUGGUAAAAAAACAGAAGUUCAGGCCCACUCUCCCUCCAGGAAAAUCAUUUUAAAACCUGCUAUCAAAUAUACUAGACCAACUCAUCUCUCCUGUGUUAAGCGGAAAACGACAGCAGCAGGUGGAGAAACAAACCAGGCUUCUGGUACAUUUAAACAAGGAAAGGACAGAUUCUCAGAUGGUGUAAGCAAGAGUCCUGAAAAGCGCUCAUCUCUGCCCAGGCCUUCCUCCAUCCUUCCUACUCGAAGAGGUGUAUCAGGAGACAGAGAUGAGAAUUCCUUCUCACUCAACACUUCUAUGUCUUCUUCAGUACGACGAACCACUAGGUCUGAGCCUAUUCGCAGAACAGGAAAAAGCGGUACAUCAACACCCACUACUCCAGGCUCUACUGCCAUCACUCCUGGUACACCACCCAGCUAUUCUUCUCGUACCCCAGGCACUCCUGGUACCCCUAGUUAUCCCAGAACCCCUCACACACCAGGAACUCCCAAAUCCGCCAUCCUGGUACCCACCGAGAAAAAAGUUGCCAUCAUUCGUACUCCUCCAAAGUCUCCAGCUACGCCUAAACAACUACGGCUUAUUAACCAACCACUGCCUGAUCUGAAGAAUGUAAGGUCCAAAAUUGGGUCCACAGACAACAUCAGAUAUCAGCCUAAAGGCGGACAGGUUAGGAUUUUAAACAAGAAGAUGGAUUUUAGCGAGGUUCAGUCCAGAUGUGGUUCCAAGGAUAACAUCAAACAUUCUGCAGGGGGAGGAAAUAUACAAAUUGUGACCAAGAAGAUUGACUUAAGCCACGUGACAUCCAAAUGCGGUUCCCUAAAGAACAUCCGUCAUCGGCCAGGCGGUGGCCGUGUGAAAAUCGAAAGUGUGAAGCUGGAUUUCAAAGAAAAAGCACAAGCUAAAGUGGGAUCCCUUGAUAAUGCCCACCACAUACCCGGAGGUGGUAAUGUCAAGAUCGACAGCCAAAAAUUGAAUUUCAGAGAGCACGCUAAGGCUCGGGUAGACCAUGGUGCUGAGAUCAUUACACAGUCUCCAGGCAGAUCCAGUGUGGCUUCACCCAGGCGACUCAGCAACGUCUCUUCAUCUGGAAGCAUCAACCUGCUUGAAUCCCCCCAGCUGGCCACUUUGGCCGAAGAUGUCACUGCUGCCCUUGCUAAGCAGGGCUUAUGAAUCUGUCUCAUUUAACACUAAAUGAAGUAAUGCUAUUUAGGCAUGAGCUCUUGGCAGGAACAGGCUCAGAGCAGGUGUUGUAUUCAAUCCUUACAAAUUCUAAAAUAAAUCUGAUCCCGAGAUUGCGAUAACCAUGACAAUAAGAAAUAAUCCCCCAGAUUUAAGUAGAUGCAGAAAUUGACCUGAUUUCCAUGUGCAACAGGGAGACUCAUUGACUUUCCAUGAGUUCAAUUGCAAUAUAUGCCAUUGGAUGAUCAUUGUUGCUCUGCUCUGUCUUGCAUGGAGUACUAUGAUAAAAAUGCAUUUUUACCUAUCAUGUGCCUGAAGGCCAUCCACUAUUUCCUGAAGAGCCUUGUUAAUAUCCAAGCUGCUCAUUUCACUGGUCUGUUUAUGGGCAACAAAAGUUGUCCUUUUGUAACUUAUUACAGGUUAAAUUAAACUGAAAGAGUCUGAUUACAAGAUGAGAAGAACAUAUAAAAAAAAAACCAAGUUUUAAAAGUGUUAUUUUGUAUAAAUAGGGAGAAAGAUUCAAUUAAGUUAUUAACAUUUGGGGCCUGGAUAAUUAAAUCAGUGUAUAGGUGAUUCCGAUAAAUUAUUUAACUAAUUAAAAAAAAGUAGUUGAAGAACAUUUGAACUGUGUUUUGAGGAAGUGAUGGAAAAGAGCAGCUAUUAGACACAGAGCACUUCCACAAUGAUGAACUUGUAUCUGAUUAGGAUGUCAGUUAAUUGGCUAGAUUUGUGUCCACACUACAAGUUUCACAUUCUUUCCAUCUGUUUGAUACAGUAUUAUAGAUAUACAUAUAUAUAUAAAUAUAUUUCUCUGUGGCCAUUUGUGAUACUCCCUCAUAUACUUGAAUAUUAUACUUCUUUAUUAUUCACAGUAUCUGUGUCUCUUGCACCCUUUGGUGUUGAAAUUUUAGGUAUGUGAAAGUAGAUGUUAGCAGGGUUUUUUCCCUAUUAAAAAAAAACACAAAACAUUUAAAAAGAGAAAAACUUUUAGCAUGAAGUUGCUUUCUGUAACAACUAAAAACCGUGCCCCUGUUUUAGUGCCAGAUGCAAGUCUCUUCUGUGAUGCUAGAAUUUUUAUUUUCCUUUUAUGUUUCUCUUCACCAACAGGGAGUUUGCUGGGGAGGACUAGAUAUAUGUAAAGGGGUUGAAAAACUGUUGGUUUGAGAUUCUGGAAUUUUUUUAAAUUAAGAAGUAAUUUGGGUUUUACUCCUAUAACUAUGAGAUGAUGGCCUCUUUUAUUUAUUUCUUUUUUUUUUUCAUUUGCUAAAGUUGAAUCCAAGAGCGAAUUUGGAAAAUGUCAUUCAUCUCCUUGUUAAACUAGUUGGGCUAUCAGAGAGGUGUCCACCCUUUGAAAUAGAAUAUCCACAUGUGAAAAAGGCUUUUAAUUAGGAGACUUUUUUUUUUUAAGUGUGCAUAAAAACAAAGUGGAGAUACAACAUCCUAUUUGAUGGCUAUUCCUUCCAGGACUUAAGCUAAAAACACUGCAUAAAUUAAAGAAACACUAUAGCUUAGUAUGGUUUCUCAAGAGAAAGUGCUGUUCUGAUAUUAUCUACAGUAAUCUUGUCUAGAAAUCUCAAAAAGAUUCAUUCAAAUUGCACAUGAUGGUUGAUUUUUAAAUACAUUGACAUUUUCUAUGGUCCAUUUCUGAGCUGUGCUGAAACGGGGCCAAAAGAUGACAUGCUUUAUGGAAACUCUGCUAUUUUAAGAGUUCCCAAGAUUCCUCAUCUUAGCGGCUGGGCUAAAACUGAGCUGUCAAAUCAGACAGGGAGAUCUGGUGUUCCUUUUGAGCUAAUUCAAUUUUAAUACUUGAGGUCAACAUUAGGGAGGAGAGAAUUAGUGUGGGAUUCAGCAGCUUUUUAGUGUGUAUCAUCUAACAAAAAUACCAAGUGUGAAGAGACAGUGACAUGUAGGGGUAGAGUAAUGACCCAUUUGACAUCAUUAAUAUGAAUUUCCAAAGGGAAAACCCUAGAAACACAGAAAAACCCUCAUGACAUUAGCUUUCAAGCGAGAGCUUUUAUACACUCUCAAUCCUGUCUAACCCUGUCUAUCAGUCAUCAGUUUGAUGCCAAUGUUGUGUUUAGAAACUGGGACAGUGGGUUUCUGAUUUCUGCCUUGUGAUCUCUGAGUAGAGUUUGCUUAAACUAACCCUAGCAUUAUACCCAGAAACAGUUCCUGGUGUAGUGCACCAAAGUCCUUUCUAUGUUGCACAAGAAAAAACAAGCAGGCAAACUAGUAGUGUGGACCACAAUGCCCAGACCCACCAAUGAGUGCAAAAUAACUUUGCAGUAUUUUUGUUAAGCUUUUUGUUAGUGUUAGGUAGCAACUAAGGUACUGUGGAACAUCCACUUGGCUAAAAUUGAACACCAACUGGUCAGGACAACAUUUAACCUGUGGUUCGAGUAUUUUUUUAGAUCUCCUUUAAAAUUACACAUACCAAAAAAAAAAACAUAAAAAAACAAUCAAUUCAUAAUGGUGACAUUUAGUUACAAGCAUACAAAAGUCUAGAGUUAGGUUAGUGGAAGACAUCUGAGUCAUUAGUCUUAUGCUUUGAUUUAGCAAAUUUUCUUGUCCAGCCCUAGCAAGGUCUUUUGAAUGAGUCAUUUGCCUUGCCCAGAAGGAAGCGUGAUUCUUGGUAAAAUCAGCAAAAAAAGAAGCAGAUUUUGCUGACUUGAAGGAAGCACACAGGUUAAGUUACAGGGCUCUUGAAGCCACUUGAAAAAAGCCAAGCCUUAUCUUCAACCUCAAGAACACUACUGAACUUAAGCUUUGCAAACACAAUACUAAUGAAGAAGACAAUGCAUCUGGUGGUCUAGAAGUCAGAGUUCUAAAAGCUUUCAUUCUAGAUCCUCUAUAUCCAGAUUUAUUCGGGCUUUGGCUGCUGAGAAUCAGUCUCACUGUAACUGCUUAAGUAAUCCAGAUUCAUGAAGAGUUCUAUGGCCAGUGUUCCCAAAAGAACCAACUCUCUCUGGAAUCACCUGCAACUGAGAAACAUUUAAAUUACUAUGAUCCAGAUUCACGAAGAGUUUUAAAGGCCACGUUCCCAUGAGAACCAACUCUCUCUGGAUUCACCUGCUGUGUUAGCAAAGGAUGGUGGGCACCAGACCCAUUCACAAGCAAAAGAUCUAGGUAGCAUUGAGUAGCAAGGACCUGAAAAGAGCUGGACAGAGAAAAUUGAUGGAAGUAGGAAAACUCAAAGGCAGUCAGCCUACAAAUACCGAAAAUAGACUACAUUUUUUCCUGCUUUGCACAACAGGAAAUGGUAUAUUAACCACCAAAUAAUAUUGCAUUAGUAUUAAUGUAGUGAUAUUCCUCAUAAUUGAUUUUGACACAACUGGAAAUAGAAACAUUUUUUCUUUCAUGCCAGAAGAGAAAGAAAAGGGAAUUAUUUAGCCUUUAAGAGGCAGAAAAAGGAUUUGCUGCUUGGAAAUAAAUUCGUAUUAUGUGGAGACAGAUUCUAAUAGUCCUUCAAAAACAUGGAUCUUUCAGCUUAAUUCUAUGUUUGGGUUUAAAAUUAUACCGAUAGGAUUAUAGCCUAGGUGAAUAAUCUGGAGCAAUUCCCUCUACAACAAACAAAGCUGCCUAUUUUCAGACUCAGAAACGGUUAAUCAUAACAAUUCACUUCAACUUUAGCAAAGAGGAAAAAAAAAACAAGCAAAAAAUGCAUACCCAGUGUGCCCAGAUUCCAAGUGUUAAAAUAUAUCUUACAAAUGUAUGGGGUUUUUUUUUCUGAGAAUUCUAGAGCCUGUUACCAUAGAGAGGCAUUUCUUCAGUGGCUGGUGGUAGUUAGUUCAUGUUUUUCAAUCAGAUUUGCAAUUGUAUUUGUUGCUGUAUAGUGAUUGUUUUGCAAAAUAAAAUUGCUUGUCAUCUAA